GCGCCAUCUGUGGUUUUAUUAUUUAACCGCAUAACACUGUGAUUUUCCCUGAUUUAUUAAAUAACCAAUUUCUUAUUUUGGUUAUUUAAUAAAUAACCACUUUAUGAAAACAUCGAAAAUUGGUUAUUUAUUAAAUAACCAGUUUCUACACACGCCGAAAAUUGGUUAUUUAUUAAAUAACCAUUUUCUACACACGCCGAAAAUUGGUUAUUUAUUAAAUAACCAGUUUCUGCGCACGCGAAAAAAUGGUUAUUUAUAAAUAACCAGUUUCCGCGCACGCGGAAAAAUGGUUAUUUAUAAAUAACCAAAAUAAUUUCGAGACACUUGGCGUGCCAAAUGACGUCAGCAAGCAAUACAAUAAUUUUCUCAGUCCCCCCCUGGAUAAGCACUCAUUUCCGCACUGUCGCGUUAUUGAAAUUAGAUCGCUUGUCGCGAAAAAUUUCAUUUUGUCUGUAAGUUUCCCGCUCGGCGUGUUUUCUAUUUGUCUUUUUUGUCAAAUAAAUAUGUCUCAAACGCACAAUCUCCAAAGAGCAAUUAUCGAGGCCGUAGGAAGAGCAGUACACGAGGCACUGCGAGAUCAACAUGAAGAGUCCUCUGAUGCAGCUACUGCCCACGAAAAUAAUAAUGAACCACAGCCCCAGCGACAGCCACAGCGUCAGACAACGCUCACACAGUUGUCACAAAGUAGAACAAGUAGCUCUAGCGCUACCAGACCUCUUCCAUCGAUUUUUGAAAGCAGUUGUAUUCAAUAUUCAAAUGUUGGUGGUAGAAAACGGAAAAGGUCAUCAACAUCCCAAUCAAAGUCUGCAAAGCUUUACACAAAAGAUGUUGUUUGCCUUUUACCAUCAGAAAAUGGCAAAGAUAUUCCAAUUCCUCGUGGAAAUAGCCGAGGUUGCUUAGCUAAUAUGGGUUUAAUUGGAAAAAUCUCAUUAAACUACGCAUGGGUAGCAAAGGAUGUUACCCGUGAAAUAACAAGCAUAUUUGCCUCAGUUUUUGACUUGCUACCUGGUGAACUGCUGCCAUUUGACUACUUAGGAAUAACCAAAGGUACAAAAAAGCUUUCCAUUCCUAAGACAUCAACUUCCUUCCAAUGGAAUGCUCCAGAGGUCAUAUCACUGUGUUCUCAAGGAUGUUUAUACAUCAUUUCCAAAAUUAAAAUUGGGAAAAAUGAGGAUGUUGAUGGAGCUUUAAUUGUUGAAGAUGACUCCGAACAGGAUGAUUUUGAUAACGAACUUUUAAAUAUAUCAAUGUCUACGCCUCGGGCUGCACAAAGUGUGUCAGGGGGAUCAAUGACUAUACCUGGCGCUGCACAAAGUCAUUCAGAGGGAUCGAUGACUAUACUAGGUGCUGCACAAAGUUUUUCAGAGGGAUCAACUAGCCAUCAUACAACUUCCACCAUUGAGAGCAAUCACUAUAGGAUUGCUUGAUCCAGACCCCAUUGAAAUUAGCGAUGAUGAAAACGAUGAGGUGCAGACAGCUAUUCAAAAUAGCAUGGGCUUAGCAAAGUAUGGUAAUCAGCUAAAAAAAGCGUUAACGGAAGACAAGAUGCCAUGCUAAUUUUUUUCACUUGGUUAUUUGUCUUUAGCGAUUCAAGCGCGCAACAAAUGGUUAGUACUGUUUUGA